AUGCUGUUGUAUGGUUCCGUGGGAAGAACGCUUCUGACAUUGUUCCAGUCCACAACAUCUGGAAUUGAUUGGCGUGACUGCUAUUUGCCACUUGAGCAAAGUUCUGGCCUUCUCUCUGCAGUGUUUUUGCUUUUUGUAAGCCUCUUCACCAUUUCAGUGUGGAAUAUCGUGACGUCAACCUUUGUUGAGAAGGCCUUGAAGUUGGCCCAGCCAGACUUGGAGUCUUUGGUGAUGGAGCAUCAUUUGAAGGAUGUUCAAGAUGCUCAAGCGCUUCUGGAGCUUUUUUGCAGUCGCCUUUGUUGCACAGACUCGUCAAGCAUCACCUAUGGACAGUUCAAGCUGCUCACAGAGCAGCACCACUUCAGAUCAUACCUUUCUGCCCGUGGCAUUGACAUCAAAAAUGUUGAGGUCUUUUUCCGCAUGCUGGCGACCGCUAGCGGGAACUCGGAAGUAGAGCUCAAGGUGCUGGCAAAUGCACUGGUUCGCAUGAAAGGCUUUGCUACAAGUAUUGAUCUACAAACAUUGAGUUUUGAGACAAAGAUUACACUUUCGAAACAAGCAAAAUCAAUCAAGGAAGUUGGCCGAUACCUUCGAAGAAUAGAGAAAAUGCUUGAUCCUGGAAUGAAGGGCUCGCCUUCAAUGAGUGGUCCUGGCGAGCAACCGACCUUGUUAAAGCCCAGCUUUUCGGAGCAGGAGGCGCACAAGUCUUCCCUCCGCCCUCCGAACUUCUAG